GGGCCGAGGCCUCGGGGGAAGCCUAAACCUGCGCCCGUCGGGUCUCCGCUGCCCGCCAGCGCCGUCCCUGCCAACCCCGCCACUGCAGGGCCCGGGCCAGUUGGGAGCAGGGGCCGGGCCGCGGGCGGAGCCUCCCGGUCCGCGCACUCGCCCUCGGCCAACUGGCGGUCUUGCAGGCGGGCGGACCCUCUGCCGCGCUCGGGGCUCCGGCGCCGCCGCUCCUCCUGCUCGGCCCGAGCUGCCCGGGCUCGGCGCGCGCUUCGGGGCGAGGCCCGGCGGGUGCGGACGCGCAGCAUGGUGGCGGAGGACGAGGGGCUCCGGGUCUUCCCGAGCGUGAAGAUCAAGAUCGGUGAAGCCCAAAACCUUCCCUCUUACCUGGGGCCAAGCAAGAUGAGGGAUUGCUACUGCACGGUGAACCUGGACCAGGAGGAGGUUUUCAGGACCAAAAUUGUGGAAAAGUCACUCUGCCCCUUUUACGGAGAAGACUUUUACUGUGAAAUUCCUCGGAGCUUUCGUCACCUGUCCUUCUACAUUUUCGAUAGAGACGUUUUCCGGAGGGAUUCCAUCAUAGGGAAGGUGGCCAUCCAGAAGGAGGACUUGCAGAAGUACCACAACAGGGACACCUGGUUCCAGCUGCAGCACGCGGAUGCUGACUCGGAAGUGCAGGGCAAAGUGCACCUGGAGCUGCGGCUGAGCGAGGUCAUCACAGACACUGGGGUCGUCUGCCACAAGCUCGCCACACGCAUCGUCGAGUGCCAGGGUCUCCCCAUCGUGAACGGACAGUGUGACCCCUACGCCACCGUGACGCUGGCAGGACCCUUCAGAUCAGAAGCAAAGAAGACGAAAGUGAAGAGGAAGACCAACAACCCCCAGUUCGAUGAAGUGUUUUAUUUUGAGGUGACCCGGCCCUGUAGCUACAGCAAGAAGUCCCACUUUGACUUUGAGGAGGAAGACGUGGACAAGCUCAAAAUCAGAGUCGACCUUUGGAAUGCCAGUAACCUGAAGUUUGGAGAUGAAUUCCUGGGAGAACUAAAGAUCCCGUUGAAAGUCCUGCGGCAGUCCAGCUCCUAGGAGGCGUGGUACUUCCUCCAGCCCCGGGACAAUGGUAGCAAGAGCCUAAAGCCAGACGACCUGGGCUCCCUGUGGCUGAACGUGAUAUACACGGAAGACCAUGUGUUUUCUUCUAACUAUUACAGCCCUCUGCGGGACCUGCUGUUGAAGUCUGCGGACGUGGAGCCCGUGUCAGCAUCUGCGGCCCACAUCCUGGGUGAGGUUUGCUGGGAGAAGCAGGAGGCGGCCGUCCCGCUGGUGCGGCUCUUCCUACACUAUGGCAGGGUGGUGCCCUUCAUCAGUGCUAUCGCCAGCGCAGAGGUGAAGCGGACCCAGGACCCCAACACCAUCUUCCGAGGAAACUCACUGGCGUCCAAGUGCAUCGACGAGACCAUGAAGCUGGCGGGAAUGCAUUACCUGCACGUCACCCUGAAGCCGGCCAUCGAGGAGAUAUGCCAGAGCCACAAACCCUGUGAAAUCGAUCCUGUGAAGUUGAAAGACGGAGAAAACCUUGAAAACAACAUGGAGAACCUACGGCAGUACGUGGACCGCGUCUUCUGCGCCAUCACUGAGUCUGGGGUGAGCUGCCCGACCGUCAUGUGUGACAUCUUCUUCUCGCUCCGGGAGGCAGCGGCCAAGCACUUCCAGGGCAUGACCAGACAAAAGCAUGGCAGCCUUGGUCCGGGCCUCAUGGAGCCCGAUCGGGAGUGUGAUCUAGAGGCUGCGCUCAGGGGCACUUCCAUGCUUUUGUGGCCUAGAACCCCAAGGCCCCCUCUCAGAAGUCGCCCCAGCUUCCCCCGUACCUGCAUGAUGCUGCUGAUGACCAUGGGGAGAAUGUUCAGGGGAACCAGAGGAUGUUGAACAAGGCCAAAGACACGAAGGCUGCCUGGGCAUCCAGGAUGUUGUUCUUGUCAAUGGUCACGUAGACGGCAAAUGUGCACAGGGCCACCUGCAAGCAGAACGCCCAGUGCUGACUGCUGUGCCCUGAGUGAGAGUCAUCAUCCUAGGAGCAGUGACAGGCCCUGGAGACGCGCUCGGGCCCUCCCCAGGUGGCCACAACUGACCGGCUGCUGGAGCUCGUGGAAAAACCUGGGGCAGUAUCUGGCACAUAGCAGGUGCUCACUAAACAUUCCGGGAAUGAACUGGAUAAAUCAACGACCAGGAGCCCAAAGAGCCGGCCUCUUCCAUCAACUUUCUCAGCGAUGUCCUAGAGGGGCAUUCUUAGUAUUCCUCAAAAGCACCAAGCACAAUCCCCUAGCCAGGCCUUUGCCCCUGCCGUUUCCUCUGCCUGAAAUCAUCUUCCAUCCAGGUGGCCACCUGGCUCCUCCCUCUCACCAUUCAAGGGAGCUGCCUCUCCCACUCUACCCAAAUAGCCCUGCCAUCUGGGCAUCGUCCCAUGUAUUUUCAGGGUCUCAGCACUGCCAUUUCAUUGUUACUUCCUGGAAGGUCAUACAGCUUAAAAAUAAAAAAAAAAAAAAGUGCAAAGUGUAUGCACUUUGCCAUAUUUCUGC